AUGCUCGCGCGCGCCCCCGUUCGCGCCCCCGCGUCGUCGUCACCGUCGCACUCGACGCGUCGUCGUCACCGAGCGCGGCGAAGCGUCGCCGUCGUCGUCACCCGCGCGACGGAAGAGGAUGCGAGCGAGUCGCGAGCGAACGACGCCUCGACGGAAGCGAGCGAGGAAUCCAGCGCCGCGAGCGCGACGGGUGCGCCGGCGGGCGAAGACAUCGGAGCGGCGAUCCGCGCGGCGAGAGAGGCGAAGGCGGACGAGGGCGCGAACGUGUUCGCGGGGGCGGCGGAGGAGAUCGGGCUGAUCGAGUGGCCGACGGCUGGGGGAGCGCUGAGCACGACGGCGCUCGUCAUGGGUGGCAUCUUCGGCGCGGCCGGGGUGCUGCUGGCGGUGAACGGUGUGUUGAGUGAGUUGUCGCAAAAGAUAUUUCCGUGA